UGUUCGCCGAGAGAGAUGCGGUGGCUCGUGUUACUCUGUUGCACAACCGUCGCGAGUUCGCUUAGACUCGCUGCAUAUAUAUCUUCUGGCGGUCUUCACGGAGAAAUUCGAUUCGAAAGAACCACAGAAUCUUCGGUGCGAAUACGAUAUUCUCUAAAGCCAACUUUGCAAUAUCCGGAUCAGCAAUGGCUGUGGUCAGUCACUCAAUUUCCAGUCGACUACACAAUUAUCGAUGGCAGAUGCGACGAACGACAUGUCGGGCAAAGUAUUAUCGACUUGACAGAAAAAGUUGGACCUCUUGAAUUGCCAACAAAUCAAACAGGUUCGAUAGAAGUCGCAGACUUAUUUCUAACCGGAGAAAUAGGUUUGUGGGGGAAGAGUUUAGUACUGAAAGAUAAUUAUUCGCCAAGAACAAUAUGCGCUUCCAUUACGGUUCUUGAAAGGAAUAUUGAGAAAUUCGCCCAGGCGCGUUUUUAUGGUCCUGUUGCUGGAACAGUUUUGUUUCGAUGGUUGGGUAGUCAAAUGGGCGAUGAUACCAAUACAAUUAUCCACACGGAUUUACAUCACAUCCACAAGCAGAAAUUACAGUCGCUAAACUACACCGAGCAUCAUUGGAAAAUAUACGUUACCGAUAUCUUGGAAAUUGGCAAAGAUAAAAAUAACUGUAAUAUACUUCAAAAUGUAUUUGAUCCUAAUAAUUCUGGCGUUGGAAAAUCUAUUGGAGAUGUUGACGUACGUUUGGGCAAAAUAAAGGUUGCUAUUAAUACGCAAGACAAGUAUAAAACUUUCUACAGAGAUUCGGAACUGUCUUUACUGCCGGCGGAUCUGCUUGGUCCACAUCGUCACUUAUACUUAGUUAUCUUUCACCCCAUGCAUGAGGAUUCGUUUUUAGCCUGUGCAAAAAUCAAUCAUCGUAAACCGGUAUAUACAAAGGCUGUAAUUAAUUCACGUGGCAUCCGAGGCCAAGUUACGGCGAUUCAAGAAACUCCGUUCAACCCAACGUGGAUCAAUAUCUCAUUAACGACAAUAAAUGAUUUGGAAACUAGAUUACGGUACGCCACUAAAGUGGCAUCUUAUAGGAUCCACGAAUUACCACCAGUACCGGCGAAAUAUGUUGGAAAUAUUGUUGAUCCGUGUUUAACUACUAAAAAGUUGUUCAAUCCUUUGAAUAUCGUUGAAGCGACUACUCCACCAGCAGGUUUUGGUACUCAGGAUCAAUAUGCUAUUGGGGAUCUAUCUGGAAAGCUUCAGGACCGAAAGGAAGGAUCGUAUCAUAACGAUAUUCUACCUGGGAGUGCUAAACUCAGUGGAAUUUAUUGGGAUACAUAUUUACCACUCUCUGGGAUCCACAGUAUUGUUCACAGAUCUUUAGUUCUUUACAAAUACAAUGAGAUUGAUAACACAGGUAUGAUUCCAUGGGUGUGUAGCACAUUCACGCUUUAUACACCGUAUACCGAUUGGCAAACGCCGAUGUACACAGCAGAAGUGGUAUUCAGAUAUCCCAUCGUUGGUCGAAUACUUUUCCGACAGCCUAGAGAAGAUCCUGAAAUGGACACUAUUAUAAUAAUAGAACAUCUUGUUCAUGCAGAUGGCAAUGCAAUAAAUAAUACUGCGGACCAUAGAUGGAUGAUACAUGAAAAUCCACCGGGGAAAGAUUUUUACAACUGGACAAAUCGAUGUCUGAGCGCUGGAUCGCCUUACAAUCCAUAUAUGGUGAACUCGAAGCCGAAUAGCUCAUGUUUCGCUGCAGAAGCUUCGUUGUGUCGCUUGGGUGACUUAACGAGACAUGGAACACUCGAAAUUGCCGGUAGAAAGGUUAACGCCUCAAAAUUGACUCGAAAACUUUUUACAGAUACGAUGUUAUCUUUAUCAGGACCUCACGCAUUGUUCGGCAAAAGCUUAGUUAUUUAUGAUGAUCACGGUCCAGUUGCGAGGGGAGAUCGAUUAGCCUGUUCCAUUAUUGGUGGCGUUUAUCGGCGUAAAGCAGUCAUCAGAGAUUGGUUCGGUAAUGGUGAACAAAUAUCUUUGAGAGGAAAAUUGGAGUUGCUGCAACAGACUGAAUACGAUAUCACCAACGUGGAAGUAUCUCUCGAAGGUCUUGAUGGAAAAAUGAGCGGAUAUCACAUACAUAUGACGUCUGUAGAAUACGAUUUAGAAUUUCCAUGCGAGGGAACAUCACUCUACGGACACUGGAAUCCAUUAGGUAUCAAUACGAUCGAUGUACCAGCAGCAGAGGAAGGUACGCUGGAUCAAUACGAGAUGGGUGAUCUGAGCGGAAAAUUCGGCACCUUGGAUAACAAAAAGAGAUAUAUAAUAGCAUACAACGAUACAACGCUACCUCUGUUUGGCCCAAGAAGCAUACUUGGACGUAGUGUAGUGAUUCAUAAGAAAGAAAAAAAUUUAAGAUGGGCGUGCUCUACUAUAGAGAGAGGAUAUUCUCCAGCCGAUGCCAGUGAGUUACGUGCCAUAGCGUCGUUCCACCAUCCACAAGGUUUUGUGUACGGUUAUAUAAAAAUGACGCAGCUUGUUUAUAAAGAUGGUAGCCAAAGUGAGACGAUAAUCGAAGUUAAUUUACGACAUCCUGGAAAGCACGAUCGUAAUAUCACUAGAAAUCACAAUUGGGCGAUAUACGUAAAUCCUGUUGGUGUAGAUGCUGCAGUGAAAGUGAAGGACACUCGAUGCGUAGCAGCGGGAUAUACAUGGAAUCCUUAUUUCACACAACUAGCCGAUCCAUUAAACGAUGAUCUUUAUAGAGAAGAAUGUGGUCCAGAUUUGCCACUUAGAUGUUACGUUGGCGAUAUAUCGUCUCGUCUAGGAUCCAUUAAUAUUGGAGAAAAGCGGCAAAUAUUUACAGAUUCCAAUUUUCCUCUGGGUGGGCCGGUAUCUGCAAUGGGCAAAUCUAUCAUCAUUUUUGAUAAGGAUUUUGGCGGCAACAGAUUCGCUUGCGCAAAUGUUGAACCCGAUAAUGAUAUCGUAAAAUAUGCUAAUAUCAGGAAACCACCGCGAUUUGUGGUGGCGCAAUUCUUAGAGGAUGUAAGAAAAGUGAUGGGUAUUCCUGAGUGGAUGUUAUCUAUUGACGGCAGAAAGACCAAAAUAUUACAUAAUGGCGCAUGCAUUCAAUUUCUUUUGCAUUUCAAAGGACCAAUUGCCAAUAAAUUGGAGCAAGACUUUAGUAAGCUUAUAUCCAUUGGCAAACUCGAAACUCCCAGCUUAUACAUUCCCGGGUACAUACCAACAAAAAGAAAAAGUACAUUAGGACAUCGACAGUGUGGCGUGCGCGAUCCGGAUGACAAAAAUAGACGUUAUACCCGGGGCAGGGCACCCCGGCUCGGACAACCUCCAGCCCGUGGUGGGGGAGAUCCGCAGAAGUUACUUAGACAAGUUCGGCUCUAUAAUUCGGACAGUUGGUUCGUCGCGGAUAAGGAGAAGAAGAAGAAGACUAAGAAGAAGGAGGAGGCGCCAGCACCCGAGCCCGAACCAGCGCCAGUUGAAGAGAAAGCACCAACUCCUACAGGAACCCCAAAGGAUUCUGGUUCCGCCAGAGCAAGCAGCCGUGGCAGUCGCAAGGCUAAGCGCAGCGGAUCCAGUGUUUUCUCUAUGUUUUCCCAGAAACAAGUGGCCGAAUUUAAGGAGGCAUUCCAGCUAAUGGACGCAGAUAAGGACGGUAUCAUUGGUAAGAAUGAUCUUCGCGCAGCCUUCGACUCCGUCGGCCGAUUGGCGACCGAUAAAGAGAUCGAAGAAAUGCUUAACGAAGCUCCAGCGCCUAUCAACUUCACUCAAUUGUUGAAUUUGUUCGCUGUUCGUAUGUCAGGAUCAGGUGCUGACGACGAUGAUGUUGUAAUUAAUGCCUUCAAGACAUUCGAUGAGAACGGCAAAAUCGAUGGCGAAAGAUUAAGGCACGCAUUAAUGACAUGGGGCGACAAAUUCACACCAAAAGAGGUGAAUGACGCAUUCGAUCAGAUGUACAUCGAUGAUAAAGGUUUCAUUGAUACCCCGAGCUUAAUUGCCAUGUUGACCGGCACGGGCGAAGAAGAGGAGGAAUAAGACCAAUUGAAGUUAUAUCAUCAAGAAAAGAAUGUUCCUCGGUUGAAGCCUCGUAUUAACGUCAGAUUCGCACAAAAUUUGCCUCAAAAGAGAACAAAUAUUUUAUACUCAACCCGUCCUCUCUUCUAUUUUCUGUCCCCCUCUUUUCUUUCUCGUUUCAUACUCUUUUACUCAGUGACAAAAAUAUAACAAGGACGUAGCACGUGCUAUAUUGUUCAGUCUAAAUAUCUA